AUGAGUUCAGAAAACGUCCCCAAGACAAUCAAACGGUUGAUCGCUUGCUGUGAUGGCACCUGGAUGGAUAGUGACAACGGUUACGAAGAGCCUGGGCUGCUAAGAAAAGAGGGCAGUCUCCAAAUACCAUCCAAUGUCACCCGCAUUUCCCGCUGCUUUGAGAAGAGAUGCAGUGAUGGUAAACUUCAGGUUGUCAACUACGAGUCGGGCGUUGGGACGGGCAGUAAUGUGCUGGACAGUAUCACUGGUGGCGCCUUUGGUCAGGGUCUUGCAGAGAGAAUGCGGGAAACAUAUUCUUUCCUGUGUGCAAACUAUAUGGAUGGUGAUGAAAUCAUUCUCGUUGGCUUCUCAAGAGGCGCCUUUACAGUCCGUUCCGUGGCUGGAAUGAUCGGUGCUUUGGGUCUUCUUACCCGCGAGGGCGUUGAGUUCUUCUAUCCUAUCUUCAAGGAUAUGCAGCACUGGAUGGAUGACGAUUAUGACGAUCCGUUCCCUAAUAUCCCGUUUCCUGAUAAGCCCAAAGGAAAAAACGCUGCCGAAGAGUACAGAGCUCGCUUGGAGCAGCUCGGUUUCACCCGCGUGAGACGCGAACAAGGACCGGGCGAUAUUAUCACGAUUAAAGCGUGGCAUGACACAAACUUGUCAGAUAGAAUAGAGCAUGCUUUCCAGGCGCUGGCACUGGAUGAAACACGUCCGCCCUUUACGCCAGCAGUUUGGGAGAGACUCCCCGAGAACAGAUACACGACGGAUCUGAGGCAGGUCUGGUUCCCUGGUAACCAUGGGAAUUGUGGUGGUGGAUGGGAGGACCAAGGAAUGUCCAAUAUUACACUUGCCUGGAUGAUGGACCAACUGGCCUCCAUCGGUAUUGAAUUCGACUUGCCUUCUCUUGAGCGAUGCUUCUUCCAAAACAUGAAGUUUUACCACAAAGUCCCCUCGAAACUCAGCAUCAAGUCGAGAAAGAAGAACAAGGAGAAGAAAUUGCGCCAAUGGGCAAUAAACCCGAUCUACGAGAAAAACCGCCCGUUCAGACCCUGGGGACUGGGAGCUAUAAGCAAAGCGCCAGGGCUUCUCUACAAACUCUCCGGUCAGACAGUUCGCACACCAGGCCUGUACAGACCAACAGACCGCAAAUCAAAAUGCAUUAAGUCACGAUUCCUUCUCGACACCAAUGAGCGUAUACACAGCUCGGUGCGAAUUCGACUCGCGUGCAAAGGUCUCAGUCUAAACGACGAGCACGUCUGGGACUGUCCGGCCUUGACCAGCAACUGGAAACUAAAGCGCACACGGGAGAAGUACAACGAUCCUGUGCCAUUUCAUCCUGGCUGGUGUCCAGAGGGUGGGAGAGAUAGCAUAGGUCAUCCUAAUGACUGGAGCAAGGGCAGAUGGAUUUGGGAAUACGUGGGUAGUGAGGGUGACGGCCCUGGAGACAAGAGGCAAAGAGUCAUGGUUGAGGAGCCGCUGGGACCUUAUGAGCGAUUUUUGCUUAACUUGUCAGCUGGGUCACCGAAUGUCUAUCAUUUUGCGGAUACGAUAGGAUGA